GAAUGAUAAAAGUGUGACACAGUCUAGAGGCAUGGAGAAAGUGCAUUGACUUUGACAGAGUUUUGUGUUAAAAUGAUGAGUUAUGGAGCUUCAGGAAAAAAUAGAUGUACCCGUGUUUACAAGCGUGGAUAAAAACGUGUUUCUACAAGAUAUUUAUCCGAAGCGCAGACCGGCUGUGCUCAGAGGAGUGUGUCUGGGGCCUUGUUUGGAAAAAUGGACGACUCCUUACCUCCGAGAGAAGGGAGGAGAUCAGGAGGUGAAGGUUCAUGUAUCCACUGUGCCAGCGAUGGACUUCCUACAUAAGAACUUUGUUUACAAGACGUUACCGUUCAAUGAGUUUGUGAAAAGGGCAUCGGAGAAAACUCAUUCGGAUUUCUUCUUAUGUGAGGAUGAAAGCUACUACCUACGAUCUCUCGGUGAAGAUGUGCGAAAGGAACCAGCAGAUUUAAAAAAGCAGUUCCCAGGUUUGGCAGAGGAUUUUAAAAUUCCAGAGUUUUUUGAUCCAGAACAAUUUUUUUCCAGUGUUUUUCGGAUCAGCUCCUGUGGUCUGCAGCUCUGGACUCAUUACGAUGUGAUGGAUAACCUUUUGGCUCAGGUGACAGGGACAAAGAGAGUGGUCCUCUACAGUCCUCAGGAUGCCCUGUACAUGUAUAUGUCAGGAGAUAAAUCAGAAGUCCUGGACAUAGACUUUCCAGAUCUGGAGAGGUUUCCUUUGUUUGUUAAAGCAAAAAGAUACGAGUGUGUGCUGCAGCCUGGAGACCUGCUGUUUAUACCCGCCCUCUGGUUCCACAACACUCUGGCCUUGGAGUUUGGAGUUGGGGUGAAUGUGUUUUGGCGCCACCUACAGGCAGACAGUUAUGACAAGAAGGACCCGUACGGAAACAAGGACCCGGUGGCUGCGACUCGAGCUCUCCAGGCUUUAGAGAGGGCACUGCACACUCUGGACGAACUCCCUCCGGAAUACAAGGACUUUUAUGGACGAAGGAUGGUUCAGAGAAUACAGAAGAGGACGUACUGUGACUCAGACGAGCCAAAGGAGAGUAAUGACGGUGAAGUAACCAAUCCUGGAUAAAACUGUGAGAAAUUAUAAGAGUUUGACUAAUAUUUUUUGCUCUACAUUUGAAGGACCCAUGUUACACUUUUCUGAUCUGUUCUAAUGUUGUUUCCUCAUCACAAACAGACCUGGACCUGUGUUUUGUUCCAUUCACACACGUUUAACUCACAAACCCUGCAUAUUUAGGCUGAACUCUUCUCUGUUCCACCUUGUGAUGUCAUGUGAUAGUACAGGAAGUGCUCCACUCCUCCAUUCUCUAUUUGCCUUCACUAGAAUCAUUUGGAUGUUUAUAUUUCAGCCCUGGAACUGCCCAUCUCUACUGAACCUAAAGGUAAAAGAUCGCUUUUUGAAAACUACUACAGUUCUACCCUAAGGAGCAUUUUGAGCUUUAGAGAUGUAGAUAGAUAAUAAAGUAUUACUCAAACAUGUGAAUGAAACAAAACUCUGGGUAUGUUUUUGAGGUGGUGACAAUAUUAUAAAGCUUAUGAGUCAAUUUUGCGUAAUAUAAGUCCUUUUAAUAAAACAAUAAUGGA